AUGUCUGAGGCGGACAGAGUGCCGAUCCCUCCAAGGGGAGUCGACUACAGAGGCAAACUCGUCCUGGCGCCCAUGGUCCGGUCAGGCGAAUUGCCGUCGCGCCUGCUCGCCCUCCACUAUGGCGCUGACUUGGUAUGGGGACCCGAGACCGUCGACCGAUCCAUGUUAGGUACAAUGCGACGAGUCAACCCAUCCACAAAUACAAUCGACUUCAUCCGUAUCCCGCACCAAGGACAAAAGCAGCCGUCACCCAAUGCCAAGGAGUCAGUGAUCUACCGACUACACCCCGAGCGCGAAGGGCGAAAGCUCAUCUUCCAAAUCGGCACCUCCGACCCAGACCGCGCCGUCGCGGCUGCGCGACUCAUCGCACCGGACGUGGCAGGAAUAGACGUGAACGCGGGAUGCCCGAAACCAUUCAGCACGCACGACGGGAUGGGCGCGGCCCUUUUGAGGACGCCUGAUAAGCUUGUGGCGAUCCUGGAGGCUCUGGUGAAGAACAUCGUACCGGAAUUCAACAUUGGCAUCAGUGUCAAGAUCAGGAUACUGGAGACACCCGCAGAAACGGAAGCGCUGGUCAGGAGGCUGGUGGCCACAGGCAUCACAGGACUGACAGUGCACUGCCGAACAACGCCCAUGCGACCACGUGAGAGGGCCAUCCGAGGACAGCUGCAGAUGGUCCGGGAGGUGUGCCACGAGGCGGGAGUUGCGUGCCUGAUGAACGGGGACGUCGAAAGUCGGGAUUCUGCAGUGGAGCUCAUCAGGGAGUUCGGCGUCGACGGGGCCAUGAUCGCGACGGCGGCGGAGAAGAACUCCAGUUGCUUCAGAGCCAAGGAGCAGGGAGGCAUGGCGCCUUGGGACGAGGUGAUGGAGACGUAUCUCCGCCUUGCGAUGGAGACGGAAAACAAGUUCGGCAACACGAAAUACAUGCUGAACCAGAUUGUCCCUGGAAAGCAGCCGGCCUACAAACGCGUCCAGUCCUGCAAGAGCUAUACCUCUGUCUGCGAGGCAUUGGGGCUCAGUCAUUUAAAAGACGCAGCAACGGACGCAGACAGGGCAGUUGGCCUUAUCGUCGACUCGGGCGCGAAAUCUGUGGCCGCGUUAAACGGCAGUGCAAAACGGAAGAACGAAGGUGUCCCAAGUUCGCAAGCCUCAGAGGAGGUUUCUACCAAACGUCAAAAGACGGACGAGCUGGUGAAGGACACCGAGAUGCUUCGGUCUCCUGUGGCCCUUUCAGUUUGA